CACCUCUGCUUCGAGGCAUGCAGACAGAGGAGGAUUCAGUUUACAGCAGAUGUAGCGGAGAUCUGAGCGACACACCCUGGGUCCCCUUCACUCCGGUCAUGUGAUUUUCAUUACAGAUAUUUUUUGUGAGAAGAGAUCAACUGAAGAAACUGAAGACGACCAAAAGGAAAAUACAUGAAGAAGCAGGGAAAAGGCAGCACUGACAGCAUCCCUCUUGCUUCCUCCACAGGGAGCCUCAGCGUACAGGUCGAUCAUGACCACCAGAAGGUAGCUUUCAAGACCUAUUCUGGAAAUGGCUGCGCUACAGGAAGCGGCUCUCGUGACAAGGUGAUCGGUCGAGUUAGCAAGAUGCCGGACGUCAUCUCCAGCAGCCAAGACCACCUGUACGGCAUGAAAGACGAGGGGGUUCCUAGAAACUCUAUGUGGAUGCUGGACUCCAGCAGCCAGGUCUACUCAGGCCCCGAGGACAACUCCACUGACCCGCACGACACGCUGACGGAGAGUUCCACUCUGACGUUUGUGGACGCACAGCCCACGGACGAAUCCGCAGAGAACCACAGUCUCCAGGGCGCGGGGAUGGUUUACCUCAAAGAGUUCGUCCUGAUAGAUGACGACGACGACGGAGACAUGUCGCUGAGAGAGAAAACGGUGACGGAUUUGUCAAACACGGAUGGAAAAGCGGCCGAGCUGGUGUGUGGGCGUCUGCUGUCCACCUCCAGUGGCACAGUGUCAGAGUCGAGGGAGGAGAACUCCGCUCCACGAGCAUCUCCUCCUAAGGAGGCGGAGGCCGCACACAAGAACAACCGUUGCUGUUUCUGCACCCUUUUAUGACCCAGCAGCACAUGGAGCACAGUAGUCCAAGGUUCACUAGGCUCAUAAUUCUGUUUCUGUUCAAGCACAGAGCACAUUCAUAUUAUUAUUGUCUUUAAAACCAUAUGUUAGAACAAUCAAUCAGCCAAACAAUGUGUUAUUUGUCUGAAUCAUCAGUCAGUGUUCUGUUUAGUAAAUCAACCUAUUCGUAUGAAAGCUUAUGUACAGUGUGUAUGGUGACAUGAAAGUGAUCAAAUGGGUUGUGAUAACUGUUUUAAACUCAAAAAGGUUGUGAUGAUGUUUUGAUACAAUAAAAUGCAUGA